CAUCUCCGUCAGCCAUUGUCGCUCGCACCAAUCCAGUUCACACAAACAAAAGGCAACAAAAAAGCGGGCGAAAAAACGAAUGCAGGCAAAGCAAGGCGAGGCAAGGCAAGGAGAAGAGGAAGACAGUCCUGCCUGGUUGCCUGACCUUGUGCUGGUUGUGCUUGCUGUGUGUGUGUGCACUGCUGCGCACUAGCAGCUUGGUUGUGGGGAGAUGGCGACGCUGCGGCGACUGGCAGUGGCCCUUGCUACCGCAGGCACUGCCGUGGGCGGAGUGCUUGUGACUCGAGCACAGGGAGGGUUGGGAAACAAAGAGCUGGGCCAAGGCGGGCGUGACAGUGGCCAUUUGGAUCCCGUGGAGUAUGGCAAGACCUUUGAUGUCGGUGUCAUUGGCGGUGGCAUCGUUGGCCUUGCCACAGCUCGUGAGCUGCAGCUGCGACACCCUCACCUCCGCAUUGUCGUCUUUGAAAAGGGAAGUCAAGUUGCGGAGCAGCAGACGGGCCACAACAGCGGCGUUGUCCACAGUGGGGUGUACUACAAGCCAGGCUCACUGCGGGCACUGCUGUGCACAAAAGGCAACGCACUCAUGUACAACUACUGCGAGGAGCACGGCAUUCCGACCAAGCGCUGCGGCAAGCUCAUCGUUGCUGUUGAAGAAGAGGAAGUGCCAAGGCUUGAGGGCAUCUUUGAAAACGGGAAACAGAACAAGGUCCCGGGACUACAGUGGAUUGAGCAAGGCGACAUUCGCCACUUUGAACCCCAUUGCAAGGGCGUGGCUGCCGUCUACUGCCCCUCGACCGGCAUCGUUGACUACGCGCAGGUGGCGAGGACCAUGGCGCAGGAGUUUGAGGGUCUUGGUGGAACGAUAUUGACGUCGUGUAAAGUCGUCGAUCUGACCGGUCCGGCAGGGGAAGCUGCAGACUUUGGCAAUGGCGUCCGCGUGCACACGCAGGACCACGGCAACGGUUUUAUCUGCGCGCACAUUGUGUCGUGUGUUGGUGCUUACUCAGACAAGAUUGCUGUGAUGACGGGGUGCGCGGAGACUCCGAAGAUGAUUGGCGUUCGUGGGGAAUACCUUGUCCUGAAACCGGAGAAGAGGCAUCUUGUGAAAGGGAAUAUUUAUCCCGUACCAGACCCGCGUGUACCAUUUCUUGGGGUGCAUUUCACGCCCCGCAUCGACGGCAGUCUUUGGCUUGGCCCCAACGCUGUGCCCGCGUUUGCUCGCGAAGGAUACUCCUACUCCACCAUAAACUGGGGCGAGCUGUGGGAUGCAGUGUCAUACAUUGGGUAUCUGCGACUUGCGCUGGCCAACGCCGACUUUGGUCUUCGUGAGCUCUACCGCUCCAUUCGCACUGCAGCACAGGUGAAACAGUUGCAGCGGUACAUCCCCGAGUUGACGCUGGACGAUGUGGAGCCAGGCCCGGCCGGCGUUCGUGCUAUAGCGCUUGAUGAAGAUGGCAACCUUGUGAAGGACUUUGUCUUCGAUUCUGGAACAGCGACAGCCAAAGGGAGGGUGAUUCAUGUACGCAAUGCGCCGUCGCCUGCAGCCACGUCCAGCUUGGCCAUUGCGGAGAUGGUUGCCAACCGCGCCCAGGAAGAGUUCAAAUUGCCCGGCAGCAUUCAGAUGCCACAUUAAAUGAGCACGCAAUCAUUCA